CUCAUGUCCAUCACCCACUUUUCUAGUCAUCAUCACAGUCAUGAGGUAGGUGUGAAUAUCAUCCUGAAGGCUGCGAAAUGAAUCUGUGCUGUCUGUCCAAACCGCAGGUGCAUCUAGAUGCAGGUGUGGUUUAAAGAAACGACUUUGAGGUUUUAGUGAAUUUCAUCAAAACGUUUACCGUCGUUCAACGCAUCGAUAUCCCCAUCUCGUGUGCAUCUAUGCUUGUUUCGCUCGUUCACACAGAGGUCCUUUGUCAAUGCGUCCUUCAAUUUCUGUAGCUUUUCCCCAGAGGAGUUAUCUUGCUGGAGGAUCGCGCAUUGAAAUUGUUUGGAUCUUUCCUAGUUUGGAGAUGACAGGCCAUUUUAAGGCAAGCAGGAAACCAGAGUAAGUCGCCAUGGCGGCAGGAGUGGCUGCAUGGCUUCCCUUCGCCCGGGCAGCAGCUAUUGGCUGGAUGCCUGUGGCCAACUGCCCCAUGCCUAUCGCUCCUAGAGACCACACAAAGAGACAUGAUGAGCUGAUCAUCCUGAACGUGAGUGGACGACGCUUCCAGACCUGGAGGACCACACUGGACCGUUACCCAGACACCCUGCUGGGCAGCUCUGAGAAACAGUUUUUUUACGAUGAGGAGACCAAGGAGUAUUUUUUCGACCGGGACCCAGACUCCUUCCGUAGCAUUCUCAACUUCUACCGGACGGGCAAGUUGCACUAUCCUCGCUACGAGUGCAUCUCGGCCUACGACGAAGAGCUAACCUUCUUCGGCAUCAUCCCGGAGAUCAUUGGUGACUGCUGCUACGAAGAGUACAAGGAUCGGAAGCGGGAGAAUGCUGAACGUCUCCAGGACGACCAGGAUGACAACAAGGACUGCAAGCUGCCCAACAUGACAUACAGAGAGACCAUGUGGAGGGCCUUUGAGAACCCUCACACCUCCACCAUGGCCCUGGUGUUCUACUACGUCACCGGCUUCUUCAUCGCCAUCUCAGUCCUCACCAACGUGAUAGAGACGGUUCCGUGCGGUGCUACGCCUUCCCAGAAGGACAUGCCGUGUGGUGAGCGCUACACCGUAGCCUUCUUCUGCAUGGACACGGCCUGUGUCCUCAUCUUCACCGUAGAGUACCUCAUGAGACUGUUCGCCGCGCCCAGCCGCUACCAAUUCAUGCGCAGCGUGAUGAGCAUCAUCGACGUGGUGGCCAUCUUUCCCUAUUACAUCGGCCUGGUGAUGACAGACAACGAGGACGUGAGCGGAGCCUUUGUCACGCUCCGUGUGUUCCGUGUGUUCCGCAUCUUCAAGUUCUCCCGCCACUCACAGGGCCUCAGGAUCCUGGGGUACACGCUGAAGAGCUGCGCCUCGGAGCUGGGCUUCCUCCUCUUCUCCCUCACCAUGGCCAUCAUCAUCUUCGCCACCGUCAUGUUUUACGCAGAGAAGGGGUCGUCAUCGACCAAGUUCACCAGCAUCCCAGCCUCCUUCUGGUACACCAUUGUCACAAUGACCACGUUGGGUUACGGGGACAUGGUGCCGAAGACGAUCGCGGGGAAGAUCUUUGGUUCUAUCUGUUCUCUGAGCGGGGUGCUGGUAAUCGCCCUGCCUGUUCCAGUCAUCGUGUCCAACUUUAGCCGCAUCUAUCACCAGAACCAGAGAGCUGACAAACGGCGUGCUCAGAAGGUGCAGAAAGCCAGACUGGCCAGGAUAAGAAUAGCCCAGGCGGGCAGCUCCUGCACAGGCUUCCUCCAGAGCAAACGCAACGACCUCCUCAACGACCUGCUGGAGCUCACGGGCUCAGAGGAGGAGGAACUGCAGCUCAGCAAGAGCAUGUCAUUAUUAGAGAGCCAACACCACCAUCUUUUGCACUGUCUGGAGAAGACCACUGCCCAUGAGUUUAUGGAUGAACAGCUGUAUGAACAGAACUGUCUGGAGACCACGGUCCAGAGCUACACCUCCCGUAGCCCCUCCCUCUCCAGCCAAGACGGGCCCAUAGGCACCUGCUGUACCCGCCGGGUGAAGAGGAACUCCCCCCUGCCCAACUCCAGCAUGCCCCUCCAGCCCAGCCAUCAGCAGGGCCCACUACAGGAGCUCAGAGCCCUCCACAUCCAGUGUGGGGACAAGCCACCCCACACCACCAGUCGCUCUAGUCUCAACAUGAAGACAGACGAGAUGGGUCUGAUCAACUGCAAGGGCGGUCAGAUCACCACAGCGAUCAUCAGCAUCCCCACACCCCACUCUGCCACCCCGGACGGGGACGGUCUCCACGGACCCCCCCAGCGCAGACCCCCCCCACCCUCCACCGGCCCAGAGGUCGCCAGUAUUAACACCACAGCCAGCUCCAAUGUCUUCAAAGUGUCCGCUCUGUGACUGUGUGACUGACCCACUCCACAGACUGACUGAGCAGGAGGAGUGGUGAAGGGAGGCUUUCACUAGAACUCUACCUUGAAGGACCCCUGUCGCCCGUUUCAGAGAUAGAGAAAUGGGAGGGAACUCCCCGUGUACCAAGGAUUAUAUGGCCUUGUAGGCAGCAAGGGGAUAGGCUAUACUGAGUGAACUGCUGCAAGGCAGCUGAUGGUACAGUAGGCUACGGUGUGUGCAUUUUCCUAAAACGGGCCAGUAUGUGUGCAUUGUGGGAUUAUGACAGGACAAAGGAAGUCACUGUGUCUUUGUGCACUUUGCACCUACAUAUUAUUGUUUUGAUCUGCCUACAGCUCAACCCUAAAUGUCUGAAAGAUAAGGUUUGAAGAACGAUGAAGACAGCUAUCAAUGUUUUAACUUUAGGUGUUUAUGUUUUGCGUUGUCUUAUCUAUUUUCACUGUGUGUGUGUGUGUGUGUGUGUGUGUGUGUGUGUGUGUGUGUGUGUGUGUGUGUGUGUGAUACUUUUAUGAAAUGUUCAUAUUUUAGUGGGUUUUAAACGUACAUUUCCAUCUGUCCACAAUGUCCUUAAAAUCUAAAUAACAUAAAUGCCUACUGGUACUCUGACAAAUGUUCCAUCAGACACACUACAAUAUUGCUGCUUUCCCAAAUCUGUCUCUCUCGCUAUCUCUCUGUCUCUCUCUCUCACUCCCUCUCUCUCUCUCUAUCUCUCCCUCCCUCGC